AUGGCAAGACGCCGGCCCCUCGGCCCAGCCCGGCCCAGCCCAGCCCAGCCCGCAGCUGCGGUGGCCGGGUGUGCGGGCGGCGGCGUGCGAGCAGGCUCCCCGCCACCCUCUGCCGCUGCCAAGUUUGUCGCCGAGUCCCCGCGUCCGGCUCGCCAGCCCCGGCCAUGGCCCUGGAGCGGGACGCCGAGCCGGCUGCGGGGCCCUCCCGCUGGCUCCCUACGCACGUCCAGGUGACGGUGCUGCGGGCCCGCGGGCUGCGGGGCAAGAGCUCGGGCGCCGGCAGCACCAGCGAUGCGUACACCGUGAUCCAGGUGGGCCGCGAGAAGUACAGCACGUCGGUGGUGGAGAAGACGCACGGCUGCCCCGAGUGGCGCGAGGAGUGCUCCUUCGAGCUGCCGCCCGGCGCCCUGGAUGGCCUGCUGCGGGCGCAGGAGACGGACGCGGGGCCGGCGCCCUGGGCCGCCGGCUCCGCCGCCGCCUGCGAGCUGGUGCUCACCACCAUGCACCGCUCGCUCAUCGGCGUCGACAAGUUCCUGGGCCAGGCCACCGUGGCGCUGGACGAGGUCUUCGCUGCAGGCCGCGCCCAGCACACGCAGUGGUACAAGCUGCACUCCAAGGCAGGCAAGAAGGAGAAAGAACGCGGGGAGAUUCAAGUCACCAUCCAGUUCACCCGCAACAACUUGAGCGCCAGCAUGUUUGACCUGUCCAUGAAGGACAAGCCGCGCUCCCCCUUCAGCAAGAUCAAGGACAAGAUGAAGGGCAAGAAGAAGUUUGACCUGGAGUCUGCCUCCGCCAUCCUCCCCAGCAGUGCCCUGGAGGACCCCGAGCUGGGCAGCCUGAGCAAGAUGGGCAAGGCUAAGGGCUUCUUCCUCCGCAACAAGCUGCGCAAGUCCUCGCUGACCCAGUCCAACACCUCGCUGGGCUCCGACAGCACCCUGUCCUCGGCCAGCGGGAGCCUGGCCUACCAGGGCCCGGCGGCCGAGCUCCUCACCCGCUCGCCCAGCCGCAGCAGCUGGCUGUCCUCAGAAGGCGGCAGGGACCCUGCACCCUCCCCCAAGUUGCUUGCCCAUAAGAGGACCUACAGUGACGAGGCCAGCCAGGUGCGCGCCGCCCCUCCUCGGGCUCUCCUGGACCUCCAGGGCCACCUGGAUGCCGCCUCCCGCUCCUCGCUCUGUGUCAACGGGAGCCACAUCUACAACGAGGAGCCCCAGGGCCCCCCGCGGCACCGCAGCUCCAUCUCGGGCCCCUUGCCACCCUCCAGCUCCCUGCACGGCGUCUCUUCCCGGCCCUCGGAGGACGCGCCUCGCUCCACGGAUGACUCUUGGGGCAGAGGCAGCCGCAGCGCCAGCAGCUCAGAGGCAGUGGCCGGACAGGAGCGGAGCGCCCAGGCCAAAGCGCUGGCCGGCCGCUCCCGGGAGGAGGAGGGGGCCCUGCCCACCGAGGGGAAGCCAGUGCAGGUCGCCACUCCCAUCGUGGCCCCCCCUGAGGCUGUGGUAGAGAAGGAAGGAGCCCGGAAGGAGGAGCGCAAGCCUCGGAUGGGGCUCUUCCACCACCACCACCCGGGGCUGAGUCGCAGCGAGCUGGGACGCCGGGGCUCUGUGGGAGAGAAGGCGGCUCCCACUCUGGGGGCCUCUCCCCACCACCCCUCCAGCGGGGAGGAGAAGACCAAGAGCAGCUGGUUCGGUUUGAGAGAAGCCAAGGAACCUACCCAGAAACCCAGCCUGGACGUGUCUCCUCAGGUAGAAUCUGACCCAGCCGCUCCUCCUCACCACCUCCCCUGCUCCCCCUGGGCUGCGGCCCCCCCCACUCCUGCUCCCGCCGCUGCUCCCAUGCUAAGCACUAACCUUUUUGCAGUCGCCUCCCCUGCUGCUGCCACCGCCGCUGCCACCACCACCGCCCCCGAAGCCACCCCAUCUGGAUUCUUGGGUGUCACCAACCCGUUCCUCACCUCCUUGCAGAGCAACCCCUUCUUCGAGGAGCUCGUAGCCGACCUAGCACUAAACUCUCCUUCACCUGCUCCCUCUCUCCCCAGGGCCUCGAGGGCCGGCCCCGCCCCCCUGGCCUCCCCUGGGAAAGCCCUGCCUGAGUGGGACGACACCUUCAACUUCUUUGCUGCGAGCAGGCUGCGUCCAGAGGCCAGGAGCGAGAUCCUGGUCCCUGCAGGAGUGGGGCUGCAGGUGGCUGGGCCGCAAGAUCCAGGCCCCGGGGCCAUGACAGUGAAGGCAGCUGAGCCCCCAGGAGGCCCUGGGGGAGGAGGAGGAGGAGGUGGUGGGAGCGCUUCCUGGCCAGAGCUCAGUAUUCCCCUGGACUUGGGACUGGACCCACAGAGCAUGAGCGCGGCCGCCCUGGGGCCUCGCGGGUCUGUCUGGGCUGGCCUGCCCGCCACGUCAGCCCGGCUGCACUCAGAUCCAGACGGGGAGCCGCCAGCCCCAGACGGGGAAGCAGGGCAGAGCUCGGCGGGCAGUGGGACGCCUCUCUUUAGCUCCCCAGAAGUAAUCAGCGUGUGGGAGAGGCUGCCCGGCCUUGAUGACGCCCCCGAGGGCCAGGACCAGGAGGCCUCCCGGGCCGAAAGGCAGAUUUCCCAGCAGCUCAGCACAAUGGACGACUCCUGGCCCUGGGACGUGGUCACCGUUUCUCCUGCCACCGAAACGGCCUUGCCAGUCCUGCAGGGAGAAUCUGAUGAGCAGCCCCUUCCCCACGUACAGCCAGAAUUGCCGGAAACCAUUGGCCCCAAGGGGAGCGAGGGGCUUCCCCCCCCGGAGCUGGAGCCACAGCCUGAACCGGAGCAGGUGUCGGACAAGGGACUGCAGCCCAGCACGCCACCCCCCAAGCCACCGCGCCUCUUCACACCUUCCCAGUCCCUGGCCCGAGAGGAGGAGCAGGAGGAAGAGAAGGCUGCUGGGGGACUGAGUGAUGCCGGGGCCGGGGCCAGGGCACGGGGAGAAGACACCGCCUCGGAUGUGCUGGCCGCUGGUCCCCAGGAGAUGCAGGAGGAGGGAGAGAAGCGGGAGUCGGAGUCUGACAGCCAUUCUUCCGGAACCCUGCUGGGAGAGCCAGGCCUGGAGGAUGUAGAGGACGCCAGCGCCCCUGUGUCUGGACCCUGCCUGUGUGCGCCCACCAGCUGUCCCGAGGGCCCUGCCCCCAGGCCCCCACUCUCAGCCAGCUUGAGUCAGCAGAUGUGGGGGGCUCCAGAGAGGGAAGGCCCUGAGGCUCCUGAGGCCCAGAGCCAGGGACCUGGAGGAGAGGGGCUGGAGCCCCUGUCGGUCACCCCCCAGCAGCCUGAUCUGUGGGCUGAGGAUGAUGCCCUGGACCCCUUGUCUCAGGGGAGCCAGGAUCCCCCCAGCCUCCCAUCCACAUCCCCACCAGGGUCCAGAGAAUCUUCUGUCCACUCUGGUCCGGAAGAGCUGCCCACCCCUCCGGAGCCUGCCUUUCCACCCCCCCUCCCACCCUGGGCCAGCCACCGCCACGGGGGGCCUGACCCUUUGUGCUCUCCUGUGCCUGGAGCGUGGCCCCUGACCUCUUCCUCCCCACCCCCACGGGAGCCAGCCUCUCCCACUGGGAGUGCCCCUCCCCUACUCGGGGAGGACCACGCUGCAGCCACCCCAGCCUCCCCGCUUGUGCUUCUGCCCUUGGAGACACGGCCAGCUGAGGAGCCACAGCCCAGUGCCAGUCCCCACCCCGUGAAGCCCCUCAGCGCGGCCCCCGCGGAGGGCAGCCCCGACAGGAAGCAGUCCCGCUCCAGUCUGAGCACAGCCCUGAGCAGCGGGCUGGAGAGACUCAAGACAGUCACGUCCGGCAGCAUUCAGCCAGUGGCUCCUGCACCCCAGCUUGGCCAGAGUGUGGACACCAGGAGGCUGAAGGACUCGGCUGUGCUGGACCAGUCGGCCAAGUACUACCACCUGACCCACGACGAGCUCAUCUGCCUGCUCCUGCAGCGGGAGCGCGAGCUGAGCCAGCGAGAUGAGCAUGUGCAGGAGCUGGAGAGCUACAUCGACCGGCUGCUGGUGCGCAUCAUGGAGACCUCGCCCACACUGCUGCAGAUCCCUCCCGGCACCCCCAAGUAGCCCUCAUCCCCCUGCCCAGGGAGGGUCGGCUGGGACUGGCUGCCACACAGGACCCAUGCGCCCUCCCUCGCUCCUGCUGAACACUGGCCUGGGGCAGGCCACCGCCCCGUGGCCACUCCCUGCUCCCCUCCCCCUCCUGCCUCUGCUGGGGCUGCUGGUAGGGAUGCAUCCGGCUCCAGGUGCGUCUCGUGUGUCUUUGGGACCCUGGGUCUUUCCCACCGGCCCACAUUCAUGCCCUUUAGCUUUCGGGGCACCAGUGAAUUGGAAUAAGGAGUUUGACCCUCAGGAUGGAGCCAGGGGCACACUGUGGUUUGAUGUGACUGGAAGGGGAUUGGUGGCUGGCGCAGACUCCACCACCCUUACCCCGUGGAUGGUUGGCCAUUUCUUGCCACCACCAAACCUUCAUCCUCCAGCCCCCAGAGGGGCUCCUAAUGUCACUGGGAUGGGGACAGGGACCAUGCUACCUGUCUGAGUUAGGAACAACCAGGGUGCCUACUAUUCAGCCGCACACCUGUCGCUCUGAGAGUGGGGAGCCUGUGCGGUCUAGCCUGGUCUCUGCCGUGUCCUGAGUCCGUUUCCAUCCUUGCUGCUGGCGGAAUGGUCACAGUGGCAGGGGUGGAUGCAGUAUGUUCUCCAGGACGCUCCGUGCCCCCUCUCAUGACCUUUCCACUGUGGGUCACCUGUGAACGUGUGGCAGGUCGGGGUGGUGGGCAGGGAGCUGCUCCUAGCUCUUCAGGUUCUCACGCCUCGGAUGUGUGGACCCCUGCAGGUCAGGGCUUUGGGCUGCUUAGGGUUUGGGGAUCAAGCCUCCAUGUCUGUUCUUGCUGCCUGUUCAGAUGCCAACACUCUGCUGCUGCAGGGUUUGAACUUUUGGAAACCAAUUAAAAUGUGCCUUUUGUGGGCGAGGUCCAGCGCCUCUGGUUGUAGACCUCUCCCCUGGGUCGUGUCCCUUUCCCUCCUGUUGAGCACAUGGGGAGGGCUCUGCCAGGACCUGGGACUGCCAGUGGAGGGUGGGGGCAGCCCUGCUGUGUGCCCUGCCCUCUCCUGGAGUUCAUCUCUGUUAAGCGUCUGGCCAGGCUGCUGCUGCUUCCUCAGCUACCUUCUCCAGUUGGGGGAUCUGAGGAUAAACUCACGGAUGGGCAGGGCGGCCUGGGGCUGCCCUGCGCUCUCAUUCGGUCUGACCUCAGGCCUGGAAGUGGGAAGUCCACUCUGGUUUUGCAAGACACCUGAGCUUAGGGAGAAGCUGCGGUUGCCCUUCCAUCUACCCACAAAGCUGCCAUCCCUGUCUGUCCCUUUGCCCACAUGGCUUUGCCUCGCAGUACGCUUUGAAAUGAAGUAUCUGUCCUUUGGCCCACAGCCCCUCGUUUCUUGCAGGAAACAGCGGGCUUCUCCCGGGCUUCUGCAGGGGACCUCUGUUUGUUGGGGGGGAGCCGGUGCUAGUGAAAGCUAGACACAAGGAGGUGCUGAAGGGAGAUUCUUCUGGCCCAGGGAGGAGGCACCAGCUCCUAUGGGACCACCUCUCCGUGGGAGGGCCUUUGGGCUAUCUCCAGAGGAGACGUGCUCUGUGGGUGAUGUGUGUCUUCUGCCAGGGUGCAGCAGAGGGGAAAGCCCCUGUAGAGUUAACCCACCCUGAGGUGCCCUCAUCAGUGCUGGUCAGACAGGUAGCCACAGGUGCCUGGGACGGCAGUCACGUGUCAGGAGGGUCACGAGGAGCCGGACAGAGAGCUCUUCCGGGGGAGGAGGUCACUCCCCUGCUAGGUGUCCCUCUGGACUCCAUCCCGUCCCAGCCCCAGCUCUGAGCUCCCACUGCUCCUUAACCAUGAGCCUCCCCUGUGCCCAGGGCAGGCAUGUGACCCAUGGUUCUCGCUUGAUGUUUCUGCUGGCCACAAGUUGGAGCAGAGCUGCAGGUGGGCUGGGCAGGGAGCAGGUGAAGUUCUGCUUUGCUGUUUGUCUUCCUAGUUGUAGCUCCUGUUUAUAAAGAGCUUGUUCUUCAUGUUUUGAGCACUUUAUGAAGAAUAAAACGUUCACGGACUGCA